GAUGUUUGCAAGAAUAAGCACGAAGAGAUUGGCGAAAGCAAUUAGAUCUUCGAUAAGGCCAGGAAGACUUUAUCCCAUCGCUCACAGACCAUUUUCAAACCUUAUUGACACGAAUAACCUGCUUGAAGCUUUUGGAAAGGAAUUUGAAUUUGAAAGAGACAAUUAUGAAGCUGUGGCAGAGAAAGCAGACUUUUUGAGAACUAAGGGAUUUGAAUUCCAUGAGACCAAUGAUGGAACGAACAUGAUUCUCUCCAAACAAUUUGAAGAUAAAACUAUGGAAAUUUGAUUCAAAAGCAGACUACCUGGCUUUGAAAGCGAGGGCUAUGACCUUAGUGAUGAAGAAGAUGAUCUUAAUGAAGCAAGUUAUACUGACUUCACUGUAUACAUCUCAAAGGAUAACAAGGGUAUAAUCUAUGAGUGUACAUGCUUGAAUACAGAAGUAUCAAUCACCCAAGUGCUUUUCAGCAACGACAUUAAAAGUUUCAAAAACAUCCCAACCUACCAUAAGGAAGAAGAGGUUUAUCUCGGGCCUGACUUUGUGUCCUUGCCUGAGUCAAUCCAGAAACACAUGAGCAACUUCCUCAUCAACUCAGGCAUCGACCAGGAGACCGUUGCUUUUGUUGAGGUGAUGUCUCUAGACAAAGAGCAAAGAUUGUACAUGAAGUGGUUGACAGACUUGGAAAGAUUUGUGAAAUCUCCAAAAAUAAUCUAAUUUGUGGCUCAAUUAUACAUUAUA